AUCGAGAACAGCCUAACCGACGUUCCCUCCUCCCGAGCUCCUCCGUCGGCAAGAUUCUUCACCAGCUGGGACUUUUCCUCUCACGAUCCUUGCUCGACCUUCGCCGGCAUCACCUGCUCAUCACCAUUCUUGAAUCCCAGACGGUUGACUUCACUCAUUCUCGGCACCGGCCUAUCGGGUUCCCUCGGACUCGCCGGCUCCCUUUCUCCGUCCAUUUCCAAUCUCACCGAGCUCAACCAGCUAGUCCUGAACCCCGGCAUUGUCACCGGUCCAAUACCAGCCCAGCUCGGAAGCCUCAGAAACCUCAGAGUCAUCUCCCUCACUAACAAUCGCUUAACGGGCUCUAUACCACUUUCCAUUUAUGCCUUACCCAAUCUACACACUCUUGAUCUCAGCAACAACCAGCUCUGGGGAUCAAUCCCGCCGGGCAUAUCCCAUUUGGAUCAGCUCAAAGUUUUGGUCCUCGCCUCCAACAGGCUCUCCGGCGAGAUCCCAAAUGAACUACCGACACAAUUGCUCCAUCUGGACUUGAAAAAUAAUUUCUUCUCGGGGACUUUGCCCGCUAGAAUGCCGUUGUCCAUCCGUUACCUGUCGGCAUCUGGGAAUAGCAUGUGGGGCCCACUCAACAGGCUAGAAUCACUCUCAGAGUUAGUGUACCUCGACAUAAGCAUGAACCGGUUCAGUGGGACCAUCCCUCCCUCACUCUUUCGCUCCUCCCUCUUAUCAAUGCUCCUCCAACGGAACAAUUUGUCAGGUGGGGUCCCACAACAGAAAAAUACUACCACCCCAUUAUCAUCGUCAUCUUCAUCAUCUUCUUCGUUAAAGCUGGAUUUUUAUGGGGAGGGGUCCAUUGUGGAUCUCAGUCACAACAUGCUCACGGGUGAACUUCCGGCAGGGGCUUUUUCAGGGGUGGAGACUCUAUUCCUGAAUAACAAUAGAUUCACCGGAAAAGUCCCCAAAGAGUACGUGGAAAGCCUGUAUAGUGGUGGUACCAAAACGCUUUAUUUGCAGCAUAAUUACUUGACAGACUUUCCCAUCAUAUCGGACUUGAAAUUGCCGGAUUCAGUCUCCGUGUGCUUGUCCUAUAAUUGCAUGGUACCACCCGUGGGGCUGACGGCGUGCCCGGCUAGUGCUGGUGAGCAGCUUUCAAGGCCUGCUUAUCAAUGCUCCAAGUUCAACAAUGGUGGCUCCACGGGAUAGGCAUGCCGAUCACCAAGUGGGACUAUAAUAGCUGCAUGGUCCGAUGGCUGUUGCAUAUACAGUUAUACAUUUUUUGUUCUUUUCUUUUCUUUUUUUUUUUG